AUGCCUUUCAAAGCUGGAUUAGAACUGACAGAAUUGCAGAAUAUGACUGUCCCUGAAGAUGAUAACAUCAGCAAUGAUUCAAAUGAUUUCACAGAAGUGGAAAAUGGCCAGAUAAAUAGCAAAUUUAUUUCGGAUCGAGAAAGCAGAAGAAGUCUCACAAACAGCCACCUGGAGAAGAAGAAAUGUGAUGAAUAUAUCCCAGGAACUACUUCGCUGGGGAUGUCCGUCUUCAACCUCAGCAAUGCAAUUAUGGGCAGUGGGAUUUUGGGUCUCGCUUUUGCUUUGGCCAACACAGGAAUUCUCCUUUUUCUGCUGCUUUUGGUUUCAGUGACGCUGCUGUCUAUUUAUUCAAUAUAUCUCCUGUUGGUGUGUUCAAAGGAAACAGGCUGCAUGGUGUAUGAAAAGCUGGGUGAGCAGGUCUUUGGUACCCCAGGGAAAAUGAUUGUCUUUGGAUCUACAUCUCUCCAGAACGUUGGAGCAAUGUUGAGCUAUCUCUUCAUAGUAAAAAAUGAGCUGCCUUCUGCCAUAAAGUUUCUAAUGGGAAAAGAAGAAUCUUUUUCGGCAUGGUACGUGGAUGGGCGGAUUCUUGUUGUCACAGUGACGUUUGGUAUAAUCCUCCCUUUAUGUCUCCUUAAGAACUUAGGGUAUCUUGGCUAUACCAGUGGAUUUUCAUUAAGCUGCAUGGUAUUUUUUCUGAUAGUGGUUAUUUACAAGAAGUUUCAAAUUCCCUGUGGUGGAUCGGAACUAAAUGCAACAUCAUCUAUCCUAUCAAAUAGCUCAGCACAUGAACAUAUGUGUAAGCCAAAGUAUGUUAUCUUUAAUUCCAAGACUGUGUAUGCUUUGCCCACCAUUGCUUUUGCAUUUGUUUGCCACCCGUCAGUCCUCCCGAUUUACAGCGAACUUAAAGACCGUUCACAGAAAAAAAUGCAGUUGGUUUCAAAUAUCUCUUUUUUUGCCAUGUUUGUGAUGUACUUUAUGACUGCCAUAUUUGGCUAUUUGACUUUCUAUGACGAUGUGCAGUCAGAUCUGCUUCACAAGUACCAGAGCAAAGAUGACAUCCUCAUCCUGACUGUGCGCUUGGCUGUGAUCGUUGCGGUGAUACUUACAGUGCCAGUGUUGUUUUUCACUGUGCGUUCAUCAUUAUUUGAGCUGGCUAGAAAAACAAAAUUUGACUUAUGCCGUCAUGUUUUGGUUACUGUUGUUCUUUUGAUUAUCAUCAACCUGUUAGUCAUUUUUAUCCCAACCAUGAAGGAUAUUUUCGGAGUUGUAGGGGUCACUUCUGCCAAUAUGCUGAUUUUCAUUCUUCCUUCAUCAUUGUAUUUAAAAAUUACACAGCAGGAUGGAUCCAAGUUGACUCAGAGGAUUUGGGCUUCUCUUUUCUUGGCCCUGGGGAUAAUGUUUUCCUUAGUGAGCAUUCCCUUAGUCAUCUAUGACUGGGUACAAUCGGGAGGCAGUGCUGAAGGCCACUGAAGUUCACCUCCUUCUGAAAAGAAGACACCCCUGUUCGCUACACACCAAAAUCGCAACCAUCCGCUCUGUUAUCUAUUCCAUCUUUUGUGAGUUUACUCAAAUCAAAUCCAAAUAAUGAUUAACCAGUAGUGAAAAUACUGUUAUGGGUGUAUUUUCUUGCAGAAAACAGACCCAUUUUUCCAACAGGCAUAUCACUCUGUCCCCUGAUACUGAGUUAUUGUAUGAGCCUAACGUCUGUGUUAAAUGUCUGUGAGACUACAUGGAGCGUUGCU